AUGUCCAAAACACUGUCAUGGGAUGAUUGUAAUUAUCAAGUUCAACCAUGGAUUAAAGCAGCCAUAGAUGUGAUGGGAUUUGAUACGAUGACUCCAGUGCAAACCUCAACUAUACCUAUGUUCGCCAGAAACAAAGACGUAGUGGUAGAAUCUGUGACAGGAUCAGGUAAAACAGUUGCUUUUGUGAUUCCCAUAUUAGAAAAAAUAAUAGCCGAAGAAGCAAAUACACCCAACCUGAAGAAGGGUCAUUUCCAUUCACUUAUAGUGACCCCAACGAGAGAAUUAUCUAAUCAAAUUCAAUCCGUCAUUCAAAGCUUUUUAGAACACUACCCUGAUGAUGAACAUCCAAUUAGAUCGCAGCUACUGGUAGGAACUAAUCAGAGCUCAGUCAGAGAUGAUUUGGCAAAUUUUUUACAGAAUCGUCCUCAGAUCCUAGUAGGUACGCCAGGUAGAGUACUCGAUUUUUUACAGAUGUCUGCUGUACAAACAAAAUCAUGCAGCGUUCUGGUAUUAGACGAAGCUGAUAGAUUAUUAGACUUAAGUUUCUUUGGUGAUAUAGAGAAAAUUCUUAAAACUUUACCAAAGCAAAGGAGAACGGGUCUUUUCUCUGCUACCAUUGGAAGCGCGGGUAGUCAAAUCUUCAAAACUGGGCUUAGAAAUCCUGUCAAAAUUACUGUGAGUUCUAAAACGAAAGCACCAACCUCCCUUGGAUUAUUUUAUACCGUGAUAGAACCAGAAGCCAAAAUUCAACAACUAUUAAGUAUAAUGAACAAUUACAAGUUCAAAAAGUGCAUAGUUUACUUUCCCACAUGCAUCUCAGUGACAUAUUUCUACUCUUUUAUGCAAUAUCUACAGAGAGAUAAAAAACUAUUGGAUGAAGAGGUCGAGUUCUUCUCUUUACACGGUAAAUUACAAACCAGUUCUAGACAAAAGACCCUCGAUUCCUUCGGCAAAUCAUUUGGGAAGGCGGUCUUGUUCACAACUGAUGUUGCUGCGAGGGGUAUCGAUAUACCUGAUGUGGAUUUAGUAAUUCAAUUAGACCCUCCAUCAGAUACCACAAUGUUUUUACAUAGAUGUGGUAGAACGGGAAGAGCCAACAAAGAGGGCAGAGCCAUAACAUUUUUAAACAAAGGCAGAGAAGAAGAUUACAUACCGUUUUUGGAGGUUAAAAAUGUAGAAUUAAAAGAAAUGCCCCUAAAAAUCAUCGACCUACCAACCAAAGAACCAUUCUAUGAAAUCUUCAAAAAUUGGGUCUUACAGGAUAGAGCUCGGUAUGACCUCGGUGUAAGAUCUUAUGUUGCAUUUAUCAAAAAUUACAUGAAGCAUUCAGCUAGUUCGAUCUUCAGACUGCAAUCCCUUGAUUAUGUUGGAUUGGCAAAAAUGUACGGUUUAUUCCGUUUACCGCGUAUGCCAGAGAUAAAUAACUAUUUCCAGAAUGACACUAUCAAGGACGGCUGGAUAAUAGAUCAACCCAUUGAUAUGGAUAAGUUCGCAUACAUGGAUAAAAAGCGUGAAAAUAAACGUCUCGAAUUGUUGAAGAACUCUAAUCAAAUCAAUGAGAAAAAAAGGGAAAAAAUGGAAGCCAAACAAAGAAACACAUCAUGGUCUAACAAACUGCAAUCUAAAGAGGAGAAGUCCACAAGAAAAGCCAAAAUGGCGAUGAAAAGAGAAGAAAUAGAGAGGCAAAUCGCAGAUGGAUCUGAUAGCGAUGAAGACGUACAAGAAGAUUGGAAAGAGACUGUGAUGCAAAAUAAAAGGAGAAAGAAAAACCAAUCUACUGCAGUAACUGGUAGCUUCGAUGAUUUAUAA